UAUAUGUACUGUAUAUGUAGGCUUUAAUUUCCACUCAACAUUUUGUGACAUUGUUUKAGAAAAUGUAAUUGGGUGCAGACAUUAUAGUUAUUGUCUCAAAUCGUGCUGGAUUUGACCAGGUCUCGCACAUUUAUUGCCGAGCUCUGAUCAGAAUUACCACUGGAAACUCCUAAUAAGAGCAAGGAAGUGGAAACCCACCGGAACCGGUUCGUGUGAAGGGACGACCUUAUAUGGCAUGUCAUAGCCGAGGUUUCCGGCAAUGGCGGUGCGCUGUAUAGAUAGGAAAACUGCAUUUAUUCCGAAAACCACGGCAAAACAGCAGCGGCCGUUGCUUAUUUCUAUAUAGAAACUACUUUUGUUAUAAUAUGCACCGUGUGAAAUAUCAGAUUUCUUUUGAAUAUUUGGAUAAACAGUCUCCCGCUCUCCACAUUUACUCUGACAAGCCUUCCGUGUACUCCACUGCGUUGCCUAAAUAUGGCUUUCCUCCACUCCUAAUWUGGACAUUUACGUCACGGCAAGAGGCUUUAUAAAGCGGUGGAAUCCUCAGCCGAGGGAAACAGUCAUCGGAGCCAAAUAGAGCUCAUGUCAAUACGCUACAGAGCAGACAGCCCCAUAGUAGGCAAGUUUAGAACUUAUUCUAGCACACACCAAACACGUGAACUAAAAGAUAAAAGGUUAAUCAAAAUUGAAAACACAACAGCUACAUAUUUCUUAAUUCUUGAUCACAGUCACUCAUCAGGAUUAUUAGAAAGAAAUAUAUGUUUUCAUUCCUACCCUUCUGGAAUGAAUGAACCACAACAUCGUUUUUGAAGACUGGGACCUUUUGCAAAGACGCCAAGUUGAAAGCAGCAAAGCCUUUGAGAUCUUUCAGCAUUGGAAUCCUUCCUCAACAAGAGCAGUAGCAGCAUCUUCAGAGUUCUCCUCUAAAGACAGCCGGUAAUCUCCUCUCACCUGAGACAAGCAGGAGCAGCGUCUCCACCUCCAGCUACUCUGUCGCCAGACAGCCAGAACACCGGCAGCACCAGUACCAUGGCUGCAGCCAAGACAGAGAUGCUCCUCUCAGCCCUGCAGACAUCAGACCCACUAGGCUUCCCCUACUCUCCCAUGGACAGCUACCCCAAGCUGGAGGAGCUGAUGUUGCUCCACUCAGCAGGGACCACAUUCCUGGCUGCCUCCACACCAGAAGGUGUAGGCUUUGGGACCGGGGAGCCAGGAGACUCAUACGAACAUCUGAAUGGAGAUACAUUGCCUGACAUCUCUAUCGGCUGUGACAAGUCUCUCAUYGACCAGACCUACUCAACCCCUCGCCUGCCCUCCAUCUCCUACACAGGGAGGUUCACCCUGGAGCCUGCAACCAGCUGCAGCAACAGCCUGUGGGCAGAGCCAUUAUACAGCCUGGUCAGUGGGCUGAUAGGCAUGUCCCAACCGCCCACCUCAGUUGCCCCGUGCUCCUCUGCUGCUCCGGUCAGCUCCUCCUCACACACCAUGAGCUGCUCUGUCCAAAUUGGUGAUUCCAACCCCAUCUACUCAGCUGCACCCACCUAUUCUAGUGUUAGCCCUAACCUCUUCCCUGACUCUAACCAGUCCUUCCCCAGCCCGUCAAACACCUCAGUCCAGUACCCACCACCCACCUACGCCAGCAGCAAGACCUGCUCCUCCAACAUGGCUCUGCCCAUGAUCCCAGACUACCUGUUCCCCCAGCAGCAGGGUGAGAUCAGCCUGCUUCCCCCCGACCAGAAGCCUUUCCAGUCUCAGAGCAUCCAGCAGCAGCUCUCCCUCACACCCCUGUCCACCAUCAAGGCUUUCGCCACACAGAAUGGCUCUCAGGAUCGUAAAGGUUCCUACCAGUCUCCGCCGGUUAAGCCCAACCGCAUGCGCAAGUACCCCAACCGCCAGUGCAAGACCCCGCCCCACGAGCGCCCCUACGCCUGCCCCGUGGAGACGUGCGACCGCCGUUUCUCCCGUUCAGACGAGCUGACACGCCACAUCCGCAUCCACACGGGCCAGAGACCCUUCCAGUGCCGCAUCUGCAUGCGCAACUUCAGCCGCAGCGAUCACCUGACCACACACAUCCGCACGCACACCGGCGAGAAGCCCUUCGCCUGCGACAUCUGCGGCCGCAAGUUUGCCCGCAGUGAUGAGCGCAAAAGGCACACCAAGAUCCACCUGAGGCAGGCAAAGGACAGAAAGGUGGAGAAGGCAGGGCCCACUCCCAUGGCCAUCCCCUCCCCAGUCUCAGGGUACUCCUCCCCCUCCACAUCAUACCCCUCUCCUAGCUCCUCUUACUCAUCCCCAGUGYUGUCUUCAUACCCCUCCCCAGCGCCCUCCUGCUAUUCCUCCCCAGUGCACAGCUCUUAUGGCUCCCCAUCAGUCAACACCAUGUACUCCUCGGCCUCCAGUACAUUUCAGACACAGGUUUCCACCUCAUACGGCUCCCCCACAAACAUUUACAUCUCCCAAGUGGGCACUCCUCAGUCAAAACUGCAGUCCACACUCUCUCCAAAAAACAUUGAUAUCUGCUAAGACUUUCAUAUCUUUAAUGAUCAUUUAUUUUUAUUUUUG